AUGCCAGAUAUUGAGACAAAGUCCCUUAUCGAUACGCCAAUUUCGAGCCUCACCCGUACACACCCAUCUCCUCGUUUCCAUCAUACAGACGACACCCCUUCUGGAAUCGUAACCUCGUUAUGUAUCAUCAAUACCAAGGGGAAAUCCAUCCAUCCUCUAAUUUCCGGCGCCGAUUUCUACGCGUUGCCCAAGUUCUCUCCGGACGGUACCCGCCUCGCAUGGAAUCAAUGA